UGUCAUAUUAUAUUCUUAUUAAAUUCGGAGCGGCUUUCCAAUGCUUUUAUAGGCUGUGACAGCCUUGGGACGAUACACGGACGUUUCAGGACUCCUUCGAAACAGUGCGCUUGAAGAUGCCGCGAAAACCAGGACGAACUCGUGGCGGCGUGGCCCCUCGUGGCAGGAAAGGCAAAUCCGCAACAACCUCUAAGCCCGAUAUUUACGGUGAGAUGCUAGCUGAUGCAGCAUCAGACCCAACUUCGGCAGAUGACUCCGAACGGCCGAGAAAGAGGAGGCAAACUGCAAAGAGCGCUGUGACAGCGAAUUCGUCAAUCGGCUCUGCAAGCAAAGAUAUCAAAAAGGAUGACGAAUCUGAUAUUGAACCUGAUAAGCCCCAUCCCUAUCGUUUGCGCGGCAUCGGAGACAGGGUUCCCGGGGCCGAGGAGCAGCAAGAAGAAGCAGAGUCGGACGAGAGUGAAAUGGACUGGGAGGAGGUUGGCCUUGAUGAGUCUGCGGAGCUUGAAGAUGCUGUAGAUGACGGAUCAGAAGACCAAGAAGAUCUCUCCAUCGUCCUCGGGGAAACGCCUGCAAAGCAUCAGCAAAAGCUAGUGAGACCGCGCACCCAACCUUUGCUUGACAAGCGGAUCAGAACCGAAGUCCAUAAGCUUCAUUUUCUCUGUCUUCUUGCCCACGGGUUCCUCCGCAACCAUUGGUGUAACCUCGGAGAGGUACAUGAUAAAUUAAGGGGCCUUGGGGACCCGAAAAUGCGGAGGUUGCUGUUUCCAGAUAGAUCGGGAAGCCAGGCAGUUAAGACAGCGUCUUUCACAGACGGCCUGACGCAGGUAUGUCAGAUGUGGAGGACGAAAUAUCGAAUCACUUCCGUUGGCCAGCGAGCACCUAGGUGGGCAAGGUCAACCCAGGAGGUCCGAGAAUUCGAACUUCCCGAGCAUGUAGAACCACGAAUCAGCCGUGGUGGGUUCUACAGCGCUGCAGAAACUCUUGAAGGCUCUCAGGAUACUGGCGCAGCACUUCUCUGCGCCUUUUUGCGUUCGAUUGGCGUCCAGACUCGGCUCGUUUGCUCUUUGCAGAUGCUCAAUCUCGUUUCUGCCCCAUCUACAACGACCGGUCGUACACCUUCGAAUACGAAGAAGACCAUUUAUAUCUACGAUUCGGAGGACGAUGCUAAAGGUCCAGCAGAGCAGCCUGAGACCAAGGUUUCAAUAUCAAUACCACCACCCCGGGCGAGGGCAGGACUCAUGAACGCCUCGGGGAUUUCACGUACUAGCGGGCGCAGAAUAUUUGAGGAGUCGUCGUCUAUGGACCUCGGAAAAGCUCCCUCACAAGUUCAAAAAAAGACGAUUCAUGAGAGCUUUCCGGUUUUUUGGGUUGAGGCAUUCAAUAAACACAUCCAGAAAUGGGUGCCCGUGGAUCCUCAUGCGACUUAUACUGUUGGUAAACCAUCGAAACUCGAACCGCCGCUGGCAUACAAGCAAAAUGUCAUGGCCUACGUGAUUGCGUUCGAGAAAGACGGCGUUGCUAGAGACGUGACUAGGAGAUAUGCCAAAGCAUUCGUUGGCAAGACUAGACGCCUUCGGGUGGAGAGCAUCGAGGGUGGCGAAUUGUGGCUCAAAAGGGCGAUGAAAAUGUUUAAAAGACAGACCUUGAAAGCGAGAGAUCAAGUUGAAGUCGCAGAAUUGGCUUCGAAGGAAGCCCAGGAGCCGAUGCCACGCAAUGUGCAAGAUUUCAAGGAUCAUCCUUACUACGUGCUCGAACGGCACUUGAAGCAGAGUGAAAUCUUGUAUCCGAAGCAAGAGGCGGGUCGAGUUAAUACCGGCGGCAAUGCAUCAGGCAGACAAGAAGCGGUGUAUAGACGACGCGAUGUCCAUAUUGUACGAAGCGCAGACAAGUGGUUUCGUCUUGGUAGAGAAGUGAAGGAAGGCGAACAGCCUCUGAAAUACGCGUUUAGGAGGAGGGCCGCCCAGCGUUCCAGACGAGGGCAUUCCGAUGCUUCUCUUGAUGAAGAAGACGAUGAUGAUGAAAGGAAGCCGUUGUACGCACUGUUCCAGACCGAACUAUACAUCCCUCCACCGGUUGUAGGUGGUCGUGUCCCGAAGAAUGCCUACCGUAACCUUGACAUCUACGUUCCAUCCAUGAUUCCAGCUGGAGGCGUGCACAUUCGCGCUCCUCUUGCUGCUAGGGCCGCAAGACUCGUCGGUGUGGAUUAUGCCGAUGCAGUUACGGGAUUUCAAUUCCAAGGUCGCACAGGAUCGGCAGUUGUGCAGGGUGCGAUUGUCGCUGCAGAGUAUCAAGAGGCGGUAGAGGCAGUGGUGGAGGGGCUCCAGUACGCCGAGAGCAAGUCGAAGGAGACAGAGAGGUCAUUCCUGCUGUUAUCACUCUGGAGGCGAUUCAUCACGGGUAUGAAAAUCGCAAAGAGAAUUAAAGAAGAGCACGGUGAAGUGGAAGGGGGGGAGCAGAUUAUGGAUGAUGCUUCGGACGUUCAUGAUCCGGCUCAGGAGAUGGAACAACGGCGCCAACCUUAUGAUGACGAAAGCGCGGUACAUCAAACGGACCAGCCGACUCGACUGUUGCCCCUCAACGAGGAUCUCGUUGGAUUUGAAAACACAGAUCUAAGUUCAUAUGCACCCAAUAAGAAAAGGCGAGUCUGGAUUGAACGACCAAUGCAGAACAUCGUUGACUGGUAUGAUGACCUUGACCUGGGUGCGACAAGAACUCCAUCAACUAGGAAAGAGGAGGUGGACAGGUCGAAACAUGCUCAGACGAGCAGCUCAAACCGAGCAUCGAUGCUCACUCCCGGCCCAAGUUUUGAUUUAAAGGGGAUUGCAACUGAAGGGAAGGGAAAGAACCGACUCAUUGAAGACUCAUUUGCCGUGGUUGGAGAGCGCCAAAGAACUGCGGAUGUGCUCAUGAAGAGUGAAGCUCCCUUGGAAGAAUAUGGAUGUCUUGGAGGGGGCUUUAUCCCAGAGGAAUCUGAUCCUGUCUCGAAUCAAGACGCCAAAAUAUCGGACAUUGAUGCAGGCUCGCUAGCGUCACACGAUCCGGAAGAUGAAGACGCUGAACCAGAUUGGCUUAUGAGCGAUGCGGAGGAAUGAAUAACACUUUGGAUUGGACCACGUUCCUAUGUGAAGUGUAUUUCACAAACAUCGGAUCCACUAACCCCUCCCCAAGCGUUCCGUUUCAUACCUCUAUUGUCAGUAUUUCAGAGCGUGGAUAGCUUUUCAAUCCUCAGAAGACGCAAGCUCCGCCUAGGAAUCGGUCAGUGAGAAAUCCCAAAGUACGUGGGUAGCACCUCAACUCACCAUCGACAACAAUGUCUGCGCCAUUGAUGAACGAUCCUGCAUAAGAGCAGAGCAU